GUAGGACAGAACAUCAGAUAGCUGUUCCUGUAGAAUUGAUCAAAAGUGGCACGUUAGUGGAGUAUGAAGUCAUCGGCACAAUUUGUCCAAUACACAAUUCAAGUGAAGCAUGCCGGAAAGCAACAACAUCGAAAACGAAAUGUAUUUGGUGUGAAAAUUGGAACACGUGCAUUGACAGUAAUCAUCUGGAUAAUCAUUUCUUUAAAGUGAAUGUGUGCCAUUUUAAGAGCCCGGAUGUUAGCGAUGUGAGUUCAUCGACACCCAUCAAUCACGAAGAAACAACAUUGGGGAUCCCUGAUGUUCAGGUUGGGGGAAACGUCAAGGAAACUACCAAUGGAAAUGAACAAUACUCG